AUGGUAAAUGCAGUGCCGCAACCAGCCACGUUGCCAGCGAACGGCGCUGCAAACCACGCCGCUGCUGCCAAGUUGAGCGAAGCCGCUGGAAGCAACAAAUACUACGACAACGCUCACGACGCUUCCAAAGAUCAGUACGACAACUUCGCCAAAAAGAACGCCGUCUACGACAGAAACAGCGUCGCUAACGCCGCUGCAUCAGAAGCUGCACACAACCUCGCUGGACACGGCAACCACGGCGUCUACGGAACACGCGGAUUCUCUGGCGUCGUAGGCAUUGGUGGUGUCGGUAAAAGGAAACGGUUACAGGAACAACUUCACGGCAACGGUUACGACAAGAGAAACAAUGCCGGCGCUGCCUACCACAGGAACGGCUACAACAACGCUAAAGGCAACGACUACUACAAAUCCGGUGCUGCUGCUGACAAAGAACAACGCCUACAGAUCAACACCGAUGCUGCUGCAUCCGACAGACACGGAUACGACCACGCCGGUGCUGAUGCUGCCAACCUUUACAAUGCUCAAGCUGCUGCUGCCGCCGACAGUGCCAACUCUGCCUACGCCAGGAUAACUACAGACGCAAUUACAACGACGCUGCCAAGAAACAUCAUCUGGUCAGAAAACGCUAACGCUGCCCACUCUAAUGCCAAUAACUACGCUCAGAGGUAUUACAACGACGCCGCCAACGCAGCAGCCCACAACAACGACAAAUACGCCGCCAACAACGCUGAUAACGCCUACAAAUACAAUGACGUCGCUCAGGCCGCCAACGGCAACGCUGCUAAGAAAUUGAACUACUACAGCCAGGACGCUGCUAAAGCUGCCGGCGACAGCAACAAUGCCGCUGCUUCUAAAUACAACGACUACAACAACGCUGCUGCUGCCCGCGCAAACGUCCUCAACAACUACGCCCACGACAACUAUGGCUCAAACGCCCGUGCCCAUGCUAACGCACACGGCGUUGCUACCAACCACGCCGCCGCCACUCAACACGGAACCCCCUACAACAACGGCUUUGGAGUUGGACAUGGCGUUGGUGUCGGCCAUGGCGUUGGUGUCGGUCAUGGAGUUGGUGUCGGAAAGGGAGUCGGAGGGUUCGGAGUCGGAAAUGGCGUCGUCGGCGUUGGAUUCGGCCGUGGCCUUGCUGGUGGUUUCGGAAGCGCUAAGAGCGGCUACCAGUAUUACUAG